AUGCCGACUUCCACCACGCCCUCGCCACUUACCACCAAAUGCUCAUCCGCGCGUUCGUCGCCCGACAGACACACUCUUCCUCGCGUCUUGUCUGCCUCUCGCCUUUCGGUUGAUCUCUCCCUCGGCAAGCAACUCCAUGCCCACGCUCACAAGCUCGGCUGCUCUGGUGACCGGUACGUGGUUGCUGCUCUCAUUGAGUUGUACGGUCGCCUCGACAGCGCGGACUCCGCGAAAGGGCUGUUUGACAAGUCCCUGGUUACGGACUCUGUUUCAUGGACAAUGCUGGCCAGGCUGUACAUUGCGGAAGGUAAACCCGGCAAGGCGGUUCAUGUGUUUGAGAGAAUGGUGGAGUCCGGAGCACAGAUAGAUUCUGUGGCUGUGGCGACGGCGGCUGGUGCCUGUGGCAUGUUGAGAUCGUUGAUUGAUGGAACAAAAGUCCACAGGGUUGCCAAGGAACGUGGAUUGGAGUAUGAUGUGUUGGUGAGCAAUACCAUCUUGAAAAUAUACAUGGACUGUGGCUGUGUCGACGAAGCUUGGGCAGUUUUCAACCAAAUACCGGAGAAAGAUGUCAUUUCUUGGACAGAAAUGAUUCAUGCCAAUGUGAAGAGGGGAUGCUUCAAUGAGGGUCUUAAGCUGUUUAGGCAGAUGGUUGGAGACGGGGUGAAACCUGAUCCGCUCUCGGUCUCUAGUGUUCUCCCAGCAUGCGCAAGAAUGUCUGCAGGUAAACAUGGCAAAAGAGACUCAUGGAUUCUUGCUGCGACAUGGUAUUCGAAUGAAUCUCACCGUUCUGAAUGCUCUUAUGGACAUGUAUGUCAAGUCGGGAUUUAUCAAAUCAGCUGCAAAAGUUUUUGCCAGGGUCGAAGUACAAGAGAUCUUGUUUCGUGGACAGUGAUGAUAACUGGGUACAGCUUACACGGACAAGGAAAGAUCGGAGUAGAUUUAUUCUGCCAAAUGGAGAAGGAAACGAGUACACAGAUCGAUGAAAUCACCUAUGCUGCUGUCCUUCAUGCUUGCGUUGCAGCACGCAUGGUCGAGGAAGGGAAGUUUUACUUCAACUGCAUCAAGACACCUACAGUUGCACAUUGUGCUUUGUUCGUAACUCUUCUAUCGCGUUCUGGGCUGUUUUAUGAGGCAAAGAACUUUAUUGCCGAUAAAAAAGACCGCAGCGGAUCCCGUCAUGCCUGA